UUUUUAAAGUGGGAAAAAUUCUGAAGGCUUUUUUCACGGGAAAAAACGCAACCGCCUUGACGUUCGACUUUUGCCCGGCGACGUUGAGUGCGUGGAGGGGUAUUUUAGUGAACUAGAUGAUAAUUUAAAGCAUCGCUAUUUCGGUGAAGUUUUUUCUCCCCGAAACCUUUCACUGGCUGAAGAACUAUUUUGGCAAAGCACCAAAGCUGGGUCUCUGUGCUUAAGAGGGAGAGAAGGAGAGAGGGGGGGAGGGGGGGUGUUACCCAACAUCAGCCUGUGAUGAAAUCAAAAUGAAAUACCGUGAAAAUAUCGACGUUGUGUCAUUUGUCCUAAAAAUCCGACGCGAACUUCAUACCGGAAAGUCAAUUAUAUCUGAGGGGAUUAAUUAGAAUGCAUUUUAUAUCGUGUGUUGCAUUACUAAUUACGGUGUAUUUCAAUCUAAACCACUUGUUGGCGAUCUAGAUUGCAUCUUGCGCCUGAUAUGUAGCAGAAUACAAUAGCGACCGGAGAGAUGUGUAAGGGAUUUUUUUUUUUUAAUUUAAAUAAGGCGGAAUAGUUUAGCAUUUACUUUGAUGCUGCAGUGGGAGAAUUCAACAGAGGAGUUUCAGACUAUUUUUUUUAAACACACUUCCUGAUCAUCAUUUGUGUGUGUGUAUGUGUCAGAAGAGGCAUUCUAUUUCUGCCAUCGCACAAAAUUCAGAGGCUGUUUGCGCACCAUGAACUAAAGCGGAGAUGGUCGAAUGCCUCACCUAGAUUUUGUCAUCCUUGGAACUAGAAAACAACCCUUAAUGUCAAGUAUGCAAGAGCCAACAUCUCUGUUUUCGGAGAAGACACAAAGCCCAGGCAAUUUAAAUGGACAACAGUAUGACUCAGCAGGUGCAGAGUCGGGGGCUGAGGACCCAGACUUCAAUUGGGAUGAAUAUCUCGAAGAAACAGGCGCCAGUCCUGCUCCACACAAUUCAUUUAAACACGUUGAAAUCAGUCUCCAGAGUAGUUUCCAGCCAGGGAUGAAGUUGGAAGUGGGGAAUAAGACUCACCCCGACACAUACUGGGUGGCCACUAUCAUCACCACCUGCGGCCAGCUGCUCCUGCUGCGAUACAGUGGUUACGGGGAUGAUCGGCGCGCGGAUUUCUGGUGCUGUGUCAUGACGGCCGACCUACACCCCGUCGGCUGGUGCUCGCAGAAUGAGAAGGAACUCAAACCCCCGGAAGCAAUAAGCGAGAAAUAUGGAGACUGGACAGAAUUCCUCAUUCGAGAUUUGACUGGUGCAAGGACAGCUCCCGCCAAUCUUCUGGAAGGGCCGCUGAGAGGGAAGAACACGGUGGAUCUCGUUACGCCCAAGUCCCUCAUUGAACUGCAGGAUUCUACAAACCCCUUUCAGUUCUGGAUAGUGCGUGUGAUGGGGAACGUCGGUGGGAGAUUGUGCUUACGCUACGAAGGACUGAAUGACCUCGAAGAUCACGACCUGUGGUUAUUCUAUCUGAACAGCCGACUUCGACCUGUGGGAUGGUGCCUGGAAAAUGGAUGCAAGCUCGACCCUCCCUCAGAAAUCCAGGCUCUGAAGUGUGACACAGAAUGGAAAGAUGCCCUCGAGAAGGCUCUGUCCGAAGUGGAAAAGUGUUCGCUGCCUCUGGUAGUGUUUAAGGACCAGCCUGAUAUCAGGACGCACGGCUUCACGGUCGGCAUGAAGUUGGAGGCAGUCGAUCCAAGCGAGCCUUGUUCCAUUUGCCCCGCCACUGUGACCAAGGUUUUUAAUGAUCAGUAUUUUAUGAUCACAAUUGAUGACUUAAGGCCAGAUGCUUGUGAGAACUCAAUGCUGUGUCACGCUGAUUCACCAGGGAUUCUACCUGUCCAGUGGUGCCUUAAAAACGGAGUCCAUCUCACUCCCCCUAAAGGUUAUCCGGGCUUAGAUUUUGACUGGGCUGAUUAUCUCAAACACAGUGGGGCAGAGGCUUUGUCCCAGUACUGCUGCAGAACAACGUCGGUGGCCCGAGGCUUCACCAAAAACAUGAAGUUGGAGGCUGUGACACUGUGCAACCUCGCGGAGAUCUGUGUCGCCUCCAUCACCAAGGUCAAGGGACGGCUAAUGUGGCUGCACCUCGAAGACUCAAAGAACUCCAUCCCGGAAUACAUCGUUGAUGUGGAGUCGAUGGAUAUUUUCCCAGUCGGUUGGUGUGAAGCCAAUGGAUAUCCUCUAACGCCUCCGUGUCAUGUAGUCUGUCAGAAACAGAAGAAGAUUGCGGUGGUGCAGCCAGAAAAACAGCUCCAAUCCACACCUGCUGAGACAAUCCCUCCAGACUCAUCCACCAUGUCAACAGAUCCAGGAACCACCAAUGGCAAAUAUUGCUUUCCCAAGAUAUAUUUCAAUCAUCGCUGCUUCUCUGGUCCAUAUUUAAACAAAGGGCGGAUCGCAGAACUGCCUCAGUCUGUUGGACCUGGCAAAUGCGUCCUUGUUCUCAAAGAGGUUCUCACGCUGUUGAUCAAUGCAGCGUACAAACCCGGCCGUGUGUUGCGGGAACUACAGCUAGAGGAGGACCCAGACUGGAACUGUCAGGACGAGACGUUGAAAGCCAAGUACAAAGGAAAGACGUACCGAGCGAUGAUGAAAAUCGUCAGGACCGCUGAUCGAGUCGCUGACUUCUGCAGAAGGACGUGCAUGAAGUUAGAAUGCUGCCCCAACCUGUUCGGGCCACUCAUGGUGACUGAUAAAUGCCCCGAAAACUGCUCCAUUCACACAAAAACUAAAUAUACUUAUUACUACGGAAAGAAAAAGAAAAUCGUCCGACCUCCCGUGGGGCACAGCAGCAUGGAGAGCAACAACAAGAAGCCGGCUCGACGGAGGAAGAAGCGGAGGUCCUGCUUCGUGCAAAAGAAGAAACGAUCAUCGACUUCAGUAGACUUUGCCCCACAGGAAAAUGGUGAUGACAAGGAGGAUAGUCUUGAGGCGGGCGAUGAUGAUAGCGCGAGUGAUGGAUCCAGCUCGGAACAGCGCGAUGAUCAAACAGACACGUCGUCUGAAAUUCCUGACAUCAAACCCAAGCCCCAAGCACGGUUGCGAUCGUCGUCAGAACAGCCGCGGCCGUACAUCGUGGACAGCGCGCGGCGGAAGAGGAGGGCUCGGACCUUCUCGCUGUCUGAGGACGACAAGUACGAUUCCCUCAAAUGCUCGGCGCCAAAGGAAAUCAGGCAACAUGAGGAAGAGAAGCUGGUUCUGCAGAGUAACCCGUUGGAAUGGUCCGUGUGUGAAGUUGUCAGAUUUAUUAAAUCGACGGACUGCGCCCCUCUGGCAAAGAUAUUCCAGGAGCAGGACAUCGAUGGCCAGGCCUUGUUACUGCUGACCCUGCCGACUGUCCAGGAAUGUAUGGAGUUGAAGCUGGGGCCCGCCAUCAAAUUAUGUCACCACAUCGAGCGGGUGAAAAUUGCCUUCUAUGCGCAGUAUGCUGACUGACCGCACCCUCCACCAUUCCUCCCACUCAUUCCUGACUUGCCCGACAAUGAACAGCGGGACCAGUAGGGUUCCCCUCGGACAGCGGCAGACCGAUAAAACGGCAGGCUGAUCAAUUGCCAGACCUGGUGGCCGUUUUAUUCCUUUCAUUUGCUGCUGAACGAAAUAAUUGGAUCAAAAUGAAGAACAGUUUCGUAACUGUGAAAGGGCGACCUCUGCAAGAAGUAUGUGUCGCCUGCAACGUGUUUGCGGCAGAUCGAUUGAUCGAUCGAUUGUGAACUACUUUGGAGCUUUGCAUGGAAGUGGGAGGAUAUUCUUCGGUCUCGGACUGCAAUGAAUAACGGCAGAGGUGUAGAUGAGGAGCCGCUACUCGGCAGGUCGGGUGGGGUCGUUGGCCUGCCGUGCCUUCACACUUCAAACCCCCGUUACUUUAGGAGACAAAUAUACGGUGGAAAGAGCACAGGUUAAGAACCAGCGCAGAGACAACAAACCAGACCUUCGUUAGCGAUCGGAGCAGUAUCAGGCCAUUUGGCCCAUCAAGUCACGGCUGAUCGGCCUCUCCUCCUCCUAACCCCAUUCUGGACCUGGAAGCACCCAGUCCACCCAUCUGCUCUGCUUGCCAAUUGAACAAUCUUUUCCAUGCCACGCUUCUGCCCAUCUUGAUUUGGUUGCGAUGUGCUUUCUGGGAGAUCGAACAACUUGAGUUGCAAGGAGAAUCCUGACCUCUCAACGCAGCUUGUUUCGAACCAAGACCAGAAAGCUGUUUGGUCGCAUUUCCAUAUUAAGACACUUUUUUAAAGAAGCCUAUGCUUAGUACAUAGCAGCCAAAAAAAAAAAAUCCAUCUUAAGGUCACCCAAAUUGAAUGGAACUCAAUUUAAUUGAGUUUGAACAGCUGGUUAAUGACAGCUCUGUGUCAUAAACUCGAGUGGAUAUCGCAACCUAUGUAUGAAUAUGUGAAAUAUCUCUGCAGUAAAAUGUGAGAAUAAUUAAUGUCUAAAAACUUUUGCUGACACUGGGACAAUAUAAGGUGUAUAUUUUGGUUUUUACUUUAUCAUUUCUCGAAAGAAGAAAAUGUUAUCUACCGUGAUAAUUCGACUUGGAUGUUCAAUAAUUUGUAAGGGCACACUUUUGUAGGCUGUGAGCAUGGAAUUGUUUACGGAGGUAAACACUGUGCCGCCCGUAUUAGACAUGUAUGAAGACCAAGUAGCCAAGAAGACAGCACCGAACCUGUUGUGGGGGUUGAGAUGAGUUGCUGCAAUUGAGCGGAUAUUUGCAAUGUGUACUCAGAGUAAGGACCUGCAAAAAAAAGUGCGUAUAAUAUUUUUUAUUCAGAGAAACAGCGCAGAAACCGGCACUUCGGCCCGCCGAGUCCGCGCCGACCAGCGAUCCCCACACACUGACACUAUCCCACACUCACUAGGGACAUUUUACACUUAGAAACAUAGAAACAAAGAAAAUACGUGCAGAAGAAUGCCAUUCGGCCCUUCGAGCCAGCACCGCCAUUCAUUGUGAUCACGGCUGAUCGUCCCCUAUCAAUAACCCGUGCCUGCCUUCUCCCCAUAUCCCUCGACUCCACUAGCCCCUAGAGCUCUAUCUAACUCUCUCUUAAAUCCAUCCAGUGACUUGGCCUCCACUGCCCUCUGCGGCAGGGAAUUCCACAAGUUCACAACUCUCUGGGUGAAAAAGUUUUUCCUCACCUCAGUCUUAAAUGGCCUCCCCUUUAUUCUAAGACAGUCACACCAAGCCAAUUAACCUCCAAGCCUGCACGUCUUUGGAGUGUGGGAGGAACCCGGGGAAAACCCGCGCGGGUCACGGGGAGAACGUGCAAACUCCGUACAGGCAGCACCCGUGGUCGGGAUCGAACCCGGGUCUCUGGUGCUUGUGAGGCAGCAACUCUACCGCUGCGCCACCGUGCCUGCUGCCCCUUUGAGAGAUUCCCAUGCCAACAUGUCCAUUACAGCGAUUCCAAAGCAAUCGAUUGAAGCUACGCUCCGGUGGGAAAUAAAUGUCUUGUUGUCAUAUAACGGCCGGCACGAUGGCUCAGCGGGUAAAGCCGCUGCCUCACAGCGCCAGAGUCCCAGAUUCUAUCCCGACCUCGGGGACUGCCUGUGUGGAGUUUGCACGUUCUCCCCUCUGGCCCCCUGGGUUUCCUGCGGGUGCUACGGUUUCCUCCCACGUCCCAAAAGCACGCGGGUUUGUGGGUUACUUUCCCCCCUCCCCCCCGAGUGUGCAGAGAGUGGAUGGGACGGUUUGAUAAUGUAGAACUAGUGUGAUCGCUGGUCGGCACGGACUCGUCGGGCCGAAGGGCCUGUUUCCAUGCUGUGCCUCCAAACUACAACUGAGCUAAAAUUACGUUUUUCAGUCAGCGAAACAAUAACGCAAAGAACUCGCAUGUCAAACUUUUUAUUUCAUAGUCUUAUUAUAAAUGGAACCACAGGGUUUAACGAAAGUCCCCUAGAAUGUAGAGAUUCAAAUCAUCUCAGGCAGAUUAAACUAUCAGGCGGUUAUCUUGAUCCAUUGCGCAUUGACAAAAAAUACCAGUGCUUCACACACUGCCUAGCUGUUUGGAGCAUGGUGACUUCGUAAAUGGUUGGAACACUCAGGGCGUCACAGUGGUAGAGUGGCCACCUCACAGCUCCAGAGACCCAGGUUCGAUCCCGGCUACGGGUGCUGUCUGCACGGAGUUUCUACGUUCUUACUGUGACUUGCGCGGGUUUUUCUCCGAGAUGCGCAGGUUUGUAGGUCACCCGGCUUCGAUAUGAAUGUAAAUUGUCCCCCGGGUGUGUGUGUGUGUUGGGAAGUGUGCGGGGAUCGCUAGUCAGCGGGGACUCGCCAUUUUCCGCGCUGUAUCUCUCGACUAAAACUGAGCUGAAGUUCCAUUUUUGAGUCUCGCGAAAAAAUAAAAGCAAAGAACUCUGAGACUAAAACUAAAAUUAAAAAAACUUUUAACUGCAAUUAAUUCAAAAUUUAGUGUUAGAAUUAAAUUGUAAUAUAUUUUACGUAUCAAACCUAUUCUUCAAAUUAACGCACUCAUGUUAAUCACUUCGUUGCCACGAUAUUUGGUGAGAAAAUGUUUAUUUUUUAAAAUAAUAAUUCAGUAACGACGGGGAAUGUGUUCACCGCACUUUUUUUUUUGCAAUUCCACAAGGAUUUAACGCUCCAAAAUGUCUGCACCCACAAAAUGUUUAAUAGCUGCAGUGUUUUCUGUCACUUGGGGCGUGUCGCGGUGGAGCAGCGGGUAGUUCUGCUGCCUCACAGCGCCGGGGUCCGGGGUCCGAUCCUGACCUCGGCUGCUGCUGUCUGUCUGUGUGGAGUUUGCACGAUCUCCCUGUGACCGCGUGGGUUUCCUCCCACAAUCCCAAAGGGUUUGUCGGAUUCAUCGGCCCCUCUGUAAAUUGCCCCCUGAGUGGACGAGAAAGGUUGAUAGCACAGAACCAGUGUGAACGGGUGAUCGAUGGUCGGCAUGGACUCGAAGGGCCGAAGGGCCUGAUUCCAACCUACAUCUCUUAAACUUCCUUGGGUAGUGGGCUCACUGGCAUUUGACUAUGGGACACGUGCUUAAAUGGAUGGUCAGCAUUGACUCGAUGGGCUGAAGGGCUUGUUUCUACAGUGUAUCUUCAAUCCUUGGACCACACAUAGAUUGUAAAGGGCUCAGGUCUACAUCUUAACUAUAUGUGUUCCCCUAAACGUUACACAACAAUCAAACUUGUUAGAUAUUACAGAUAAAUCUUUGGUGUGGAUGCACAUGAUAUUUGUAUGCAUUCAGAGAAUGCGUUUGUUGCUUUGGCCUAGAAUCUGUAUAGUAAGGUUGCUGGUUAAUUUUAAAGCCAGAGACUCAUAAGGCUGAUGCACAGCUAUUGAACCACUUAUUGUAGAUGGAUAACCCUGUGUUUCCACAUGUAAGGCGGCUGAGUCGUGGGUUCGAUCCUGACCACGGGUGCUGUCUGUACGGAGUUUGUGCGUUCUCCCCGCGACCUGCGCGGGAUUCCUCCGGUUUCCUCCCACACUCCAAAGACGUGCAGGUUUGAAGGUUCUCAUUGUAAAUUUGUAACGAGUGGGCGUAGGAUUGAGUUGAUGCGCGGGGAUCGCUGGUCGGCGCGGACUCGCUGGGCCGAAGGGCCUGUUUCCGCGCUGUGCCUCGACAAAUUGAACUAAACUCGCCGCAAGUUGUGGCUUUUCCUGUCUAGCUCUGCGCGAAGCAAAUCGAUAUGCAAAAUGUUCUGCAGUUUAAGAAAACCGGGAACAAAUAAAGCACCAAAUCAGAGCCCUUUGAGUAUCCCAUUCUUCUUCAUAGGUAGACGGAGAAUGCUGGAGGAACUCAGCGGGUGAGGCAGCUUCUAUGGAGCGAAGGAAUAGGUGACGUCUCGACCCGAAACGUCACCUAUUCCUUCGCUCCAUAGACGCUGCCUCACCCUCUGAGUUCCUAGAAACAUAGACAAUAGGUGCAGGAGUAGAGGCCAUUCAGCCCUUCGAGCCUGCACCGCCAUUCAACAUGAUCAUGGCUGAUCAUCCAACUCAGUAUCCCGUACCUGCCUUCUCUCCAUACCCCCUGAUCCCUUUAGCCACAAGGGCCACAUCUUACUCCAUCUUAAAUAUAGCCAAUGAAUGGCCUCAACUACCUUCUGUGGCAGAGAAUUCCACAGAUUCACCACUGUCUGUGUGAAAAAUGGUUUUCUCAUCUCGGUCCUAAAAGAUUUCCCCCUUAUCCUUAAACUGUGACCCCUUGUUCUGGACUUCCCCAACAUCAGGAACAAUCUUCCUGCCUCUAGCCUGUCCAACCCCUUAAGAAUUUUGUAAGUUUCUAUAAGAUCCCCCCCUCAAUCUUCUAACUUCUAGCGAGUACAAGCCGAGUCUAUCCAGUCUUUCUUCAUAUGAAAGUCCUGACAUCCCAGGAAUCGGUCUGGUGAACCUUCUCUGUACUCCCUCCAGCAUUUUUGUCUACCUUUGAUUUUUUCCAGCAUCUGCAGUUCUUUCUUAAACCAUUCUUCGUCCUGGUGUUCGAUUGUUAUUUCUAGAGUAAAACUGCGUUUCAAAUGUUCGAAUCGUUCGGGAGUGCAAGCUUUGAAAUGUAAUUCUUAAACCAAAAGUCCCGUCAAUGGAAAAAAACGCAGACGACUUAUUUUGUCAUUUUCAUUAAUUUUGAGUCUUUUGUGCUGUCCUGUUGGCAAACAUGCUUAUCAAAUGCAGAUCACGUGCAAAGAUUGAAACUGAGGUCAUUUAAUAUUAUGUGCAAUCCUGUCCCACCUAAUAAUAAAAAAAAUAAUAUUGCA